GAAAUGAGUGAGGGGGUGAAAGUUCAUUUCCGGUUAUUUUUCCAAGAUGGCGGAAAGCCUAGUGUAGACAGUGCUGCCAGUCUUCAGAGCGGAUAACGUGAGCAGGCGGAUUGCGGAGCCUGGAAUUGGCAAGAUCAGAGCCACAGAGUUGUAUCUAAAGGACACAGAAUGGCAGCAAUGGCUGCAGUGACCAUGAAGAGAGAGGGCCCCCAGUUUAUCAGCGAAGUUGCAGUGAGAGGGAAUGCUGCAGUCCUUGACUAUUGCCGAACAUCUGUAUCUGCCCUGUCUGGGGCCACAGCUGGGAUCCUUGGCUUAACCGGCCUAUAUGGCUUCAUCUUUUAUUUCCUGGCUUCAUUCCUACUUUCCUUGCUCUUGGUAUUAAAAUCUGGUAGACGGUGGAGCAAAUAUUUUAAAUCAAGGAGGCCAUUUUUCGCAGGGGGUCUUAUCGGAGGCCUGUUCACAUAUGUCCUAUUUUGGACCUUUCUCUAUGGCAUGGUGCACGUCUACUGAGUCUACCAUCAUCAUGGCACAGUCCCUUGGAAACACACUUUUUAAUGGAAUUUGAGAACUCCUACCCCACGGUUCAUUUGAAGUUAUAACUAGUUUUUAAAUUAAAGUAAAAUAUUGCUUGGUCUCUGCUAGUAACUUAUAUUGUUCACAUCCCUGUUAUGAUUUCUUUAAUUAAAUACAUUCUAACCCUCUA